GUCUCCUGGCCUAGUUUGAACUCUUCUGCUUUCGUUGUCUGUGUGGCUCACCCACCCUUUUCCCGGCUCGGGAUCGUGGAGUGCCCUGAAGUGGGGCGCUUCGCCGGGACGCGCGUCCCCCCCUGUGGGCCGGUGCUGGGACCCUGGUGGCUUCGCCACACUGACCUUUCUGCCUGAGAAACCGUCACCAGAGCCCCCGUCGCCAGUACUUCCUGGGGCACUCGGGGUAAUUUCGCUGUUUUCCUAACUUGAGAACUUGGGGGCCGGAGACCUUGGCGGCGCCCGAUAUGGUUCUGUCCGACUCAGUAAUUUCGAGUAAGUUGUUCUGGAAGACAAGAGGGGUUCUCUUUCUUCUCACCUAGCACUGGCCCCAUGGCUGCCAUGCAGAUGGAUCCCGAGCUUGCCAAGCGCCUCUUCUUUGAAGGGGCCACUGUGGUCAUCCUGAAUAUGCCCAAGGGGACAGAAUUUGGCAUUGACUACAACUCCUGGGAGGUGGGGCCCAAGUUCCGGGGGGUGAAGAUGAUCCCACCGGGCAUCCACUUCCUCCACUAUAGCUCUGUGGACAAGGCCAAUCCCAGGGAGGUGGGGCCUCGUAUGGGCUUCUUCCUUAGCCUGCAGCAGCGGGAGCUGAUGGUCCUGCGCUGGAAUGCGGUCCGAGAAGAGGUAGACCUGUCCCCGGCCCCAGAGGCUGAGGUAGAGGCCAUGAGGGCCAACCUCCAGGAGCUAGACCAGUUCCUGGGCCCUUACCCAUAUGCUACACUCAAGAAGUGGAUCUCACUCACCAACUUUAUCAGCGAGGCCACUAUGGAGAAGCUGCAGCCCGAGAGCCGGCAGAUCUGUUCUUUCUCAGAGGUGCUUCCCGUGCUGUCCAUGAAGCACACCAAGGACCGUGUGGAGCAGAAUCUGCCUCGCUGUGGCACCGAGUGCAAAAGCUACCAGGAGGGCCUGGCCCGGCUGCCAGAGAUGAAGCCCAGAGCCGGGACAGAGAUCCGCUUCUCAGAGCUGCCCACGCAGAUGUUCCCGGCAGGUGCCACACCAGCGGAGAUAACCAGGCACAACAUGGACCUGAGUUAUGCCCUGGAGACGGUGCUCAGCAAGGAGUUCCCCAGCAGCCCCCAGGACGUGCUUGGUGAGGAGGAACAGGAUUCUUUGAGAGUGGGCCGAGGGAUGGCUGUAAUAGUAGGGGGUGAACUGCAGUUUGCCUUUGUAUGCUUCCUCCUGGGGAAUGUGUAUGAGGCGUUCGAGCACUGGAAGCGGCUCCUGAACCUGCUGUGUCGCUCCGAGGACGCCAUGGUGAGGCACCGCUCCCUCUACAGCAACCUCAUCUCCAUCCUCUACCACCAGCUCGGUGAGAUCCCCGCCGACUUCUUCGUGGACAUUGUCUCCCAGAACAACUUCCUCACCAGCACCUUACAGGUUUUCUUUUCCUCCGCCUGCAGCGUUGCCGUGGAUGCCACCCUGAGGCAGAAAGCUGAAAAGUUCCAAGCUCACCUGACCAAGAAGUUUCGGUGGGACUUUGAGGCAGAGCCAGAGGACUGCGCCCCGGUGGUGGUGGAGCUCCCUGAGGGUGUAGAGACUGGCUAAUUGGGAAUGCUGCCAGCCGGGGAGGCCCCUUCCCCCACUGGCCUCUCCAUUUACCCCUUCCUCCUGGGACCUGUGGGGGUAGUGGCCCCACCAGGUUCUGCAAAGAUGGAGCCAGAAUUCCCUCUUUCACAAAUAAAUAAGUUUCUUCAGUGUCCAAGAGGCAAUAUGCAUCCCAAAGGCACAUUCCUGGGUUCCUGUCAGCCUGGCCAUGAGGCUAACCUGACCAGAUUCCAGGUGGGCUCUUACAGAAGCUCUUGGGAGAGACCUGCCUCAGCAACACCCUACUUCCUUCCAGAGGAGAAAAAUGUGAGCCAGAAGCCUAAGAAAACUGAUGGUUUCUUCCUUAGGGUGGUUAGAAACAAGAAACCCUGGACCACACAGGAUCUGAGCUAUCCGUUGGUGAUUUAAAAGUUAAACAGGGUGCUAGGGAAAUCAGCUAGAAUUUCUGCCUGUCCUUGUUGAAUGGGAACACAUAAGAAGACACGGGCCUGGGACCACUCAGGAGCUCCAGACUGGGGAGAGGGGACCCAGAAGACAGUUGGGUUGAGUCUGACAAGUGGUCAGCUUUUGCUUUCUCCAUCUAAGUCCCUUCCUUCUGUCCAGCGGUCCCAGUGGGUAGUUGUCCAAGACUGUUGUGGCUCCUGACCUCAUGGGCCUUGCCAGUGCCACAUCCCUCCCAUCUGUUCCAUUCUGAGGUCUCAGACCCAGAGGUGGGACUUGGCAACCCUUCCAUAUGGCCCCAUUCCUCACCAGAGCCACCAUGCCUCUUUCCAAUGACCUGGAGAUUCAACAACAAACGGAGAGGUUCUUGCUCUGCAGAGGCUGCUUUGGCACCGUUGAAGUUCUGUGCCUUUAUUCAGGGCUCUGGAGAUGACCUGGCCAACCUAGAUCUUCCCAGUCUUGCUGUGGAGCUGUCAGCCACAGGAGUGAAAAUGCUCCCAUUCCGUUGGAGUCCUGAGGGUGUGCCUGUCACACACAGGUCCUGCCACUCUGACCUGAAACUGCUGUGUUACGAGAAGAGUCCCUGUGCCAUUCUCUCCUAAGGCUGCGGCUCACACCAGGUUUCUGAAUGAGAAUCCAUGCUGGUUAAGACUUUUGGUUCCAGUUGUUUCCUUGGAGAUGUUUUUCCAAGAGCAUAAUGUACAUUAAAGUCUUUUCGUUGAGACUAAA